UAAUAUAAUUUAUAACAUUUUAAAAUUGAAACUAUAACACGCACACAGAAGUGCCUAAAUCUCCGCACAAUAUACUUGUGAUUAGCCCCAUUCUUUGAAGUAAAUAAACACAUCUGUCUGUAACUUCCCUUUCUCUUUCUACUGCAAAUAAAAGAGAUUCAGAAUCGCUCCCCCUCCUCAGCACGCUCUCCUCUGACCCUCACUCCCACUCACAAUGCCCUACAUUGAGAGUAUAGGAUGAGCAUUGAUUUUUUUUUCCCUCUCAGGUUUAUGGGGAUUUGCUCUCAGAGGGGACAGGGAAUCUGGGCUUUUCCAGAGCCCAGAGUAAUCAACCGCUGUGGUUCUGUCUGCUCUGUUGGCAGGAUGGUGGCAGGGAAGGCUGAGCCGGCCAUGCCAGGAAGGCUCUAUGUCCACCCCGAUUCUCCUGCCACUGGGGCCCACUGGAUGCGGCAGCUGGUCUCCUUCCAGAAGCUGAAGCUCACAAACAACCACCUGGACCCCUUUGGCCAUAUCAUCCUCAACUCCAUGCACAAGUACCAGCCACGGCUACACAUCGUGAAGGCUGAUGAGAACAACGCUUUCGGCUCCAAAAACACAGCCUUCUGCACCCAUGUGUUCCCAGAGACUUCCUUCAUCUCUGUGACCUCCUACCAGAAUCACAAGAUCACACAGCUGAAGAUUGAGAACAACCCUUUUGCCAAGGGAUUCCGGGGCAGUGACGAUAGUGACCUGCGUGUGGCCCGGUUGCAGAGCAAAGAAUAUCCUGUGAUCUCCAAAAGCAUCGUGAGGCAGAGGCUCGUCUCCACCCAGCUCUCCGCCAAGCCUGACGUCAGCCCCCUGCAUGGUGCCCACCAGACGCUCCAGCACUACCAGUAUGAGAAUGGGGCUCACGUGCAGUUUGCUGCAGCUGAGCCACAGGACCUUCCCCUCAACACCUUCCCGGCGCAGAGGGACUCAAGCCUCUUCUAUCACUGCCUGAAAAGACGAGCAGACAGUGCCCGCCAUCUGGACCUACCUUGCAAGCGAUCCUAUCUGGAAGCUCCCCCUGCAGUGGGAGAGGAUCAUUAUUUCCGUUCUCCCCCUCCCUACGACCAGCAGAUGCUGAGCCCCUCCUACUGCAGUGAGGUGACCCCAAGAGAAGCCUGUAUGUACUCAGGUUCGGGGCCCGAGAUUGCCGGGGUGUCUGGGGUGGACGACUUGCCCCCACCCCCCCUGAGCUGUAACAUGUGGACGUCAGUCUCCCCGUACACAAGCUACAGUGUUCAGACCAUGGAGACUGUGCCUUACCAGUCCUUCCCCGCCCACUUCACCGCCACCACUAUGAUGCCUCGGCUGCCCACUCUCUCGGCUCAGAGCUCCCAGCCGCCGGGAAACACGCACUUCAGCGUCUACAAUCAGCUCUCACAGGCUCAGGUCCGGGAGCGGGGGCCCGCCGCCUCCUUCCCGAGGGAGCGCGGCCUGCCCUCCGUGUGCGAGAGGAAGCCCCCCUCGCCACACCUGAAUGCUGCCAAUGAGUUUCUCUACUCUCAGAGCUUCUCCCUGUCCCGGGAGGCGUCCUUACAGUAUCAUUCAGGAAUGGGAACUGUGGAGAACUGGACUGAUGGAUGACUCCCAUGUGCGGAGACAGCCCCAGGACCAUGUCAAUCCAGUGUUAACCUCUGUGGGUGGCCUGCACUACCGAGAAACGCAGGAAGGUAUUUCAAAGGGUGGGGUGUCUGCGUGUAUAUGUGCGUGCGUGUGUGCGUGUGCGCGUGUGUGUGCGUGUGCGCGCGCGUGGGUGCGUGCGUGUGUGUGCGUGCGUGCGCACGUUUGGAGAGCAUCCGCCUUCCGACGUGCCGCUGAGGCCACGACAAGGGAAAGAACCGCAAUUAUCUAAGAAGUGACUUGGGCUGCAGGACCUGGGUCCACUGUUAGCUCACAUCUCUUGACAGGUGCAGGGACGGGACGGCAGUGGAGAGUUCAUGUGAGAUACUUAGAGGUUUUGAUAAUAUAAUCUUUGAUUCACUCAGGGGCCAGGUGGUGAGGUCUCUCUCAUAGGGAAGGUUGGGGGAAGACUCGAAUUGCUGGGGUGGGAGGGCUCUGUGCACAUCUUUGAGUUCCUGGCCUUCUGUUAGCAACGGAAGCUGGAAAUCUUGUCUGGGGAGCAGGGGGCCCACUCUCCUGGAGAUUCCGUGAGACGACCUGAGACAUGCUAAGCCACAAAGUGUGCUCUGAGAGUAGAGCUCACGGCUCAGUCAGUGGCCUGGAAAUUGAUCUCUGGAGUCCUGAGGUCUGAGGGAUGACUUUCAGAGAAGGUCAUGUGCUAAGUGCCACCUGAUGGGUAUUAAAAAUUUUUUUUUUCCUUCAAGAGGAGGGAAAAUGCAACCAAUAGCAUCUCUGUCAUCAUUCAGGUUUUCUUAUAUGGUACAAAGCCCUUCCCCUGAGCCCCCAACGUGCAGUUUCUCACUCUCUCUGGUGUACAAGACUCUCGGCCUCUCAGGCAUCAUCUGCAUCCUAUGACUGGCAAUUAUGAAACACACUUCACCUGGCAACGUCCCCAGGCGACCACACUGGAGCUGCUUGCCAGGCAGAGCCUGUUCUGCUCCCAGAAAAUCCUCGCCUCUGGAGCAAGAAAGCCCAACAGAAAUAAAAACAAGAAUCGAGAAAACAUUCAUUUCUUCCAGUACAUUUGGCCAGUGAGCUCAGAGGAGCGAGGAUAAUUCUCCAGUGAGGUGGAUCGUGUAGUCCCCAGCCCAGCUCUUUAGCAUUGAACAUCACCAGACCAUCCAUGUGGCUGGUGUGAACUCUGUAAUCAAAUUUGGGAAAUCACUAAACUCUUUGCAUGCUGAAUAGCUAUUUAUACAUUAUAUAAAUAAAUAAAUAAAUAUAUAUAUCUCUCUCUCUCUCUCACAAAUGCAGGCCACGUGUCAAAUUCAGCUUUGCUUUUUACAAACGAAUAAACUUAAUAAAAUGAACGCUGGAGGGGGUAUUUGGAAAGACAUCUAUUUAAAUUUUUAUUACACAUUUGAUGUUAAAAACUAAGAAUGGUUUAGAUAAAACAUAUAAAUAAAUAAUAUAUAUAUGUGUAUAUAUAUAUAUAUACAUAAACAGACACACACACACCACAGAUUAAACUUUAUUAGAAGACACAAUAGCCAACAGGGGAUAUGGAACUUCCAAGUGUUUUGUUAUAUAGCAUGGACAUUUUAUUUUACAUACCGGAACAUAAAGCCAUUUUACAACUGUGAA